AUGUGUAAGACUGUUUAUUGGGCUUUGCGAGGCUGGUGUGAGAUACUGAUUUGAUGGUAGCCUUUUAUUAUAGGUUUGGCAGAGUUAGCUGCUCGGAAGUAUAAACAGGCUGCAAAGUGCUUCUUACUGGCAUCAUUUGAUCACUGUGAUUUUCCUGAGCUCCUUUCCCCUAGUAACGUGGCAGUGUACGGUGGGCUAUGUGCACUUGCCACCUUUGAUCGCCAGGAACUUCAGAGAAAUGUUAUAUCCAGCAGUUCAUUCAAGUUGUUUCUGGAGCUGGAACCACAAGUCCGUGAUAUUAUUUUUAAGUUUUACGAGUCAAAAUAUGCAUCUUGCCUGAAGAUGCUGGAUGAAAUGAAGGAUAACCUCCUCCUCGACAUGUAUCUCGCUCCCCAUGUCCGGACCCUCUAUACACAGAUCCGGAACAGAGCUCUUAUUCAGUAUUUCAGUCCCUAUGUAUCUGCUGAUAUGUACAAAAUGGCAACUGCAUUUAAUACAACUGUGUCUGCUCUGGAAGAUGAACUUACUCAGUUAAUUCUCGAGGGGUUAAUUAAUGCACGCAUCGACUCACACAGUAAGAUCUUGUAUGCACGAGAUGUCGAUCAGCGUAGCACAACUUUUGAGAAGUCCUUGCAAAUGGGCAGAGAAUUCCAGAGACGAGCCAAAGCCAUGAUCCUGAGAGCUGCUGUGCUGCGCAACCAGAUCCACGUAAAAUCUCCACCAAGAGAAGGAAGCCAAGUAGAACUGACACCAGCAAACAGCCAAUCCAGACUCGGCACGAACAUGUGACCGCAUCAGUUACCUGCACUCCUUACUCUUUAUAAAAAGAACCAUGUGGGGCUAUCACACAUACAGACCUGCACCACCUGCUUGGGACACUUAACUUGUUGGCCAACUCAGUUGUGUAUUGAUGAGCUUAUCAGGAGCCGUGGGGUUUGCUUCUGCUUGGUCACAAAUUGUUGGAUGUUUUCAUGCUUUCUAAUGUCAUUAGACAAGUAGUAACAUAAGGCUGUACUCAAUGUUGGCUGCAGAGAACCAGGCAAGGCCAAGGAAGGACAAGUCAUAGAUUACAGAGCAAAAGUGACCUCUUCUUUAAAUUCCAGUAUUUGCAGCUUGUGUCACAUACCACCUCCUUUCCCAGCCUCCAGUUUCCCAAAUUCUUAUGCUACAUUACCUCUUCCCCCUUCUCUCAUGCUCGCUGCAAUUCUAUGGGAUAUUUAACCCUUCCAUUGCUGAACUGACCUUACAGAACACACAGAAUUUUAUUCAUCAACCAGACUGGACAUAACUGCAUGUCAAGUUGAACAAAACAGGCCUUUGCCACCUAGGAGCACUAAUAUUUAAAUGUCCCUGACUUAUUUCCUCUUUCGAAUUAACCUUAUUGCUAUUUGCAUGUUCCUUUCUCACAGCUGUAUUCCUUUUUUCCUGUAUUCCAGUUGUUAAUAUGGAAUUCAGAUCCCCUCAGCAGGACCCAGGAAAUGGCUCAUCAGUCAGAAUUUCAGUAUGUAGAAAAGGUCUAUAACUCAGAAUAAAACAUAAAUAUCUGGGUA